GUGAAAUACUCAUGUGGCGUGGCCUACUUCCUCAAUAUCAGUCGCUAUUCAAGGUGUUGUCGUCGUAAUAACGCAAUUUUCAUUCCGUUUUUCAAAUUUCCAGUCCCUCAAACGCGAAGAAACGGUAGUCUGCAGCAAGCAACCAUGUUUUCUUGGCUCGAUCUCCGGUCGAUCAACUUGAUAAACUUUCUGCUCGUCAACCUGAUCAUCACCGUAGUGGUGCUGGGUGGUCUGCUGGCCACUAUCGAGAAGCACCUUCCGACUGCGAUUCGACAGACAUUCCGCUACGGCAAGCACGCCCUCAAAGGAACGCCAGAUCGGUUGGUUUCGCUGUUGGAGGUCCCCAAGGCAUGGUUCAAACAUUUCUACGUGUUUGCUGCAGCGUGGUCGCUGGCGGGCUUCGCCUGCAUGGCCCAAGCAUACGUCACGGGUAAACCAGCGCCCGAUUUUGUGAUAGACUUCCUCGACAUGAUGGCCACAAACAAGCGCGGGGUUCGUACCACACCGACUGAAACGUUAAUCGCCAUGACACUGAUCACUAUGCAGUGCCUACGUCGCUUCUACGAGACCUGGUUCGUGCAGGUGUUUUCCAGCACGAUGAAGAUCAACCUGUCCGCUUAUCUUGUAGGAUACAUACACUACUUCUGCACGGUUGCUGCAAUCCUUUCGCAGGCUGAGGGCUUCACUCGUGCCGGUCCAAUGAAGCAGCCAGCAAAUGGGUACCGAUUCCAUCCGGAUGCAUCCCUGGCACUUGCAAUUGGCCUGUUCUACUACGCCUGGUUUCACCAAUAUCGUUCGAACGUGAUUCUGGCAAAUCUACGAAAAGAUAAGACGGGAAAAGUUAUCAGCCAGAAGCACAGCCUUCCGACCGGCGAUUACUUCGAGUUGGUCUCUUCGCCGCACAUGUUCUUCGAGAUCGUGAUGUACGUCGUCCUUUUUGGAGUAUUGCACAGGAAUACGUCCAUGGUGUACGUGUUGCUGUGGGUUGUAUCGAAUCAGAUGAUGAAUGCCUGGUUGACUCAUCAGUGGUAUAUGGAAAAUUUCCCAAACUAUCCUAAAUCCCGGAAGGCGCUGAUACCAUUGCUGUUUUGAGUGUAGCAGUGUCGAUUAUGAAAUUCUAAAACCAGGUGGUUCAAUAGAUCUAAACUUUCUGAUGGUGCUAUUUUACAAAAUAUUCAUAUUUAUUGUAACUAUUUAUGAAUAAAUACUACGUUGAUUUAACGUAAUGAGCUCGAACAACU